ACACAUCCUACAUUCAAGAAUGAAGGCUGCCGUCGCUUUGCUGCUUUUCUCCCUGGUGGCUACCAGCCUCGCUAGCUUCUACUACCCACCUAAGAUCGCGAAGAUCCUCGUCAUUCCUAAAUACGGCUAUGGUGGCUAUGGAGGCUAUGGUGGCUAUGGAGGCUAUGGAGGCUAUGGAGGCUACGGUGGUUACGGAGGAAUUGGCGGCCUCGGUGGCUUCGGCGGCUUGGGCGGCUUGGGCGGCAUCGGCGGUUACGGAGGCUACGGUCUUGGCGGUGGUAUCGGAAUUGGAAGCGUUGGCAUCCUUGGCGGUGGUCUAGGUUUUGGCGGAGGCUUUGGAGGAUUCGGUGGUGGUCAUGGAGGCAAAUACUAAUGACAUUACUGAUGGAUCAUAAAGUUGUGUCUCGCACACUAGAUUUUUGACGACCACAUCAACGUACAGAAAAAAGAACGAACGUACAAAAAUCCAGUCUUGUAUACAUCAAUAAAGUCCUGAAAUAUAA